AUCUUUGGCGCUGCGGUUGCGUUAAAAGAGAGCGGUGGAUGCUGGGUAUGACGUAAAGUCGGCCAUGUUUGUCUUUUCGUAGUGGUUGAAGGAGAGAGACCCAGUAAUGAAGGGGAUCCGAAGUCUAAGUCAUGUAUCUAGGAGGCUGUAUGCAGCCCACGCCGCUCCUAAGCGCGACGUGGCGGCAGCUUCACAAGGAAUCAGUCUUCAACUACAGGAUGCGCAGGUGACCAAGCUUCCCAACGGCCUGGUGAUUGCGUCCCUGGAGACCUACUCCCCGGCCUCUAAGAUUGGCGUGUUUGUGAAAGCAGGAAGUCGUUAUGAAACGCUGGAAAACCAGGGCGUCACUCACAUGCUGCGACUCGCAGCCAACCUGACCACGAAGGGGGCCUCCGCGUUCAGGAUCUGUCGGGGUGUGGAGGCCGUGGGGGGCAGCUUGAGUGUGACCUCCUCCAGGGAGAACAUGAUCUACUCGGUGGAGUGCCUGAGAGACCAUGUAGAUACCGUCAUGGAGUACCUGAUAAACGUAACCACAGCCCCCGAGUUCAGGCCUUGGGAAGUGGAUGAACUCGUGUCUAGGCUGAAGAUUGACAAGGCCUUGGCCAAUCAGACUCCACAGAUCGCUGUGUUGGAAAUGCUGCAUGCGGCUGCCUACAAGAAUGCACUGUCCAACUCUUUGUACUGCCCAGACUACAUGGUGGGUCAUGUGACCUCAGAACAGCUGCACUCUUUUGUUCAGAACAACUUCACCAGUGCGAGGAUGGCUUUGGUGGGGCUGGGUGUGCAGCACUCUGUGCUCAGGCAAGUGGGCGAACAGUUUCUAAAUGUCCGCAGCGGGACGGGCGUCGCCGGGGCCAAGGCACAAUACCGAGGAGGUGAAGUGCGGAACCAGAACGGCGACAGCCUGGUGCAUGCCAUUUUGGCGAGCGAGGGGGCGGUGUCGGGGUCGGCGGAGGCCAGCGCCUUCAGCCUGCUGCAGCGCGUGCUGGGGGCGGGGCCUCACGUCAAACGCGGCUCCAACACCACCAGCAAGCUGAGCCAAGGCAUCGCCAAGGCAACCCCCAGCCCCUUUGACGCCUGUGCUUUCAAUGCUGACUACUCCGACUCGGGGCUGUUUGGGGUCUACACCAUCUCGCAGUGCGACUCUGCAGGAGAUGUGAUCCGGGCAGCCGUCGCCCAGGUGGACAGCGUGGCACAAGGAGGCCUCAGCUCAGCUGACCUCUCCAGGGCCAAGAGCCAGCUGACAGCGGAGUAUCUGAUGGCUCUGGAGUGCUCGGACGGGGCCCUGGAGGUGAUAGGCCUACAAGCGCUGCUGGGAGGGGCCUACCAGGCCCCUGACACCGUCAUCCAGAACAUCAACUCUGUCACUGCCGACGAUGUCAUCAAUGCUGCAAAAACGUUUGUGACUGGGAAGAAGACGAUGGUAUCUAGUGGACAUCUGAUGAACGUGCCCUUCAUAGAUGAAUUGUGAAAAGUGAGGUUUGAAUCGGCCCAGAGAUGUGCUCUCCAUUGCUGCUCAGUCAACAGAUCCACUCACUUCCGGUUCCCAUGGCAACUUUGUCCCCAGGAAAUGACUGGCAACAGCUUAUCACUGUUCAUCGUCUGGUCUGUGCUAAGUUUGAAGACACAGGAUAAAUGUUCCAAUUUUGUCCACUACUGUAUAUCCAAUGUAAAUUCAUUAAAAUGUCUGUCUAUGCUA